UGUUGUUGCAGCUAGCUCCUUUAGCUUGUCGCCUGGCGCCGCUCCGCUCCGCCGCUUCGGGGACUUUCGACCGAAUCGCCUCCCCCGGCUGAGAUCCCGCGGGUUUAGACGGUGGUAACUCGCCAUCGGCGCUUUAACAUGAUAGAGGUUGAGUGACGGGCUCGCUGAUUUCAGGUCUUAUCGUACAUUUUCGAACCGGUUUGGCGCGACUGGAUCGACGGGCUAACGGCUAAGGAGGCUAGCGCUCCCCCUCGUCCGCACGCACAGGCCGGCGCUAACGCAGCUAGCAUGGAGGACAAAUCCUUCACCAAAGAGCUGGACCAGUGGAUCGAGCAGCUCAACGAGUGCAAGCAGCUGACGGAGAACCAAGUGAGGACGCUCUGCGAGAAGGCCAAGGAGAUCCUCACCAAGGAGUCAAACGUUCAGGAGGUGCGAUGCCCGGUGACGGUCUGCGGCGACGUUCACGGUCAGUUCCACGACCUGAUGGAACUCUUCAAGAUCGGAGGCAAGUCGCCCGACACCAACUACCUGUUCAUGGGGGACUACGUGGACCGGGGGUACUACUCCGUGGAGACCGUCACCCUGCUCGUCACGCUCAAGGUGCGGUUCCAGGAGCGGAUCACCAUCCUGCGGGGGAACCACGAGUCCCGGCAGAUCACGCAGGUCUACGGCUUCUACGACGAGUGCCUGAGGAAGUACGGCAACGCCAACGUCUGGAAGUACUUCACAGACCUGUUCGACUACCUGCCGCUCACCGCGCUGGUCGACGGGCAGAUCUUCUGUCUUCACGGAGGACUGUCUCCGUCCAUCGACACUCUGGAUCACAUACGAGCUCUGGACCGCCUGCAGGAGGUUCCACAUGAGGGCCCCAUGUGCGACCUGCUGUGGUCGGACCCUGACGACCGUGGUGGGUGGGGCAUCUCCCCCCGCGGCGCCGGCUACACCUUCGGACAGGACAUCUCGGAGACCUUCAACCACGCCAACGGCCUGACGCUGGUGUCCCGCGCUCACCAGCUGGUCAUGGAGGGCUACAACUGGGGCCACGAUAAGAACGUGGUGACGAUCUUCAGCGCUCCCAACUACUGCUACCGCUGCGGGAACCAGGCGGCCAUCAUGGAACUGGACGACACCCUCAAGUACUCUUUCCUUCAGUUUGACCCCGCCCCCCGCCGCGGAGAACCCCACGUGACCAGACGCACUCCAGACUACUUCCUGUGAAGCUCCAGCUGUCAAUCGCCUGCAGAGCCCCGCCCCCAGCCCCGCCCCCUCCCCGGUGAAGACGAUGAUGUAACGGAGAAACCAUCCGAUUGGCCGACGAAUUUCAGAAUCUACAGUCGACUCAUUAACGCUUCUGGAAAAACUUUUUGUUUCUUUCAUUCAUGUUCUACCAACGUGGACCAAAUGUGCCAUACUGACGACAUGUUCCUCUGUUGGGUUCUAGAGCCGCAGAACGUCCCCCCCCCCCCCCCCCCCCCCCAGCCGGGUUGUAGAACCGCAGAACGUCCCCCUCCCUCCUCCCCCUCCCGUUGGGUUCUAGAACCGCAGAACUUCCCCCCCUCCUCCCCCCGCCGGGUUCUAUAGCCGCAGAACGUUCCCCCCCACCCACCCCCCAGCCGGGUUGUAGAACCGCAGAACGUCCCCCUCCCGUCGGGUUCUAGAGCCGCAGAACGUCCCCCCCUCCUCCCCCGCCAGGUUCUAGAGCCGCAGAACGCCCCCCUCCCCCCCCACGGUGUCUUUCUUCUUCGUCUGUUUUUCCAGCAGUCCGCUUCUCGUGGUUCCGGCUGUGAGUUCUAGCUGUCAGGCUCAUCUCGGUAUUUGACUGUACUUUGAAUAAAGACGACACGUAUUCAAUAAACUGUCCUGUUGACACGU